AUGUCAAUGAGCGUCAUCCCCUCACUACUCGCCCGGCACUCUCUACGCGCCAGCCGCAGACCCGUCGCCCACGCUCUACAUUGCGCACCAAGAUGGUGCCGCGGUCUCGCGUCUGAAGUGCCGCCCGUGACGCAGACGAAUCGCGCGGAGACGAGUCUGAAACGCUUCUGGAAAGAAGUCGGCAUUGAGACGAGGGACGGGAAGCUCGCUGUGACGCUCGACAAGCGCGCGUUGAAGACGCCGGAAGGGAAUAAGCUUGCGCUGCCGGAGGAGAAGAGGCUGGUCGCGACGCUUAUUGCGAAUGAGUGGGAUAAUCAGGUCGCGUUGUUGAAGCAGCAUGCUUUGCCCAUGACGUCCAUCACUUCGCGCGCAAUAGACGCAAUGGACAACGAAGAGACGCGCUCAGAAGUCCGCGCCGCACUGCUCAAGUACUUCGACACAGACACAAUAUGCUUCUUCUCCGACCGCCCCGAAGCCCUCGCCCAGCUCCAGCGCGACAACUGGGACCCCGUCAUCGCCUGGGCGCGCGAAAAGUUCGGCAUCGAAGUCCGCACGACGAACACGAUCAUGUUCGAGCCGCAACCUGCCGAGUCGAAGGUCGUGCUCGACGAGGUGAUGCAGGGGUUCGACAGGUGGCAGAUGGCCGCAAUGGAACGCGCGACAUACACCACAAAGUCGUUCUUACUUGCUCUUGCGCUGGUGCAUAAGCAGAUCACGGCUGAGCAGGCGGCGCUUGCUGCGCAGGUUGAGGUGUCGAGCCAGAUUGAGACGUGGGGCGAGGUCGAGGAUUCUCAUGAUGUCGACUACCAUGAUGUGCGGAGACAUGUGGGCAGUGCAGCGUUAUUAAUCGCAGAUAUCUGA